CUCUCCGACUACUUUAUAAGCGACGAACACGCUGUGGCAAGGCAUCAGUAACAGACAGUCUUCCUUCUAGCGAGGAUCACAAGUAAAAGUUUCGAACUCUUCCAAAAAAGCAACAAAAACACACAAACACAAAAUGUCUCUUGAACGUGCUAUUCGUGCUAAGAUUGCUGGCAAGCGCAAUCCCGAGAUGGACAAAGAAGCUCAGGAAUGGGUUGAGGCUAUUCUUGGUUCCAAAUUCCCCGCCGGUGUUGAGUAUGAGGAUCACCUCAAGGACGGUCAAGUGUUGUGCGCUCUGAUCAACAAGCUUGCCCCCAACUCCGUACCCAAGAUCAACUCGUCCGGUGGUCAAUUCAAAAUGAUGGAAAACAUCAACAACUUCCAGAAGGCAUUGAAGGAAUACGGUGUACCCGAUUUGGAUGUCUUCCAAACUGUUGAUCUGUGGGAGAAGAAGGAUAUCGCUCAAGUGACCAACACCAUCUUCGCUCUCGGUCGCGCCGCCUACAAACACCCCGAAUUCCAGGGACCCUUCCUUGGACCCAAACCCGCCGAUGAAUGCAAGCGUGACUUCUCCGAGGAACAAUUGCGCGCCGGCCAUGGUAUCAUUGGUCUGCAAGCUGGUUCCAACAAGGGUGCCACACAAGCUGGUCAAAACAUCGGUGCCAGCCGCAAAAUCUUGCUCGGCAAGUAAGCAGUAUGCGCAUGAGAAUGCAAUAUGGUGGAGUAAUUCGGACACACUAACAACAGUUAGUCUAACUGAAGAGCUCGUUAAACAGCACACAAGUGACAAGCAACAACUACGUUAACUUGUGUUGUUGGUUUAGGCGAAAUUUUUGUACUACAUAUUUAAUUUGUAUAAUUUAUAAACUCAUUAUUUUUAUAUUAAUAAAAUUAUUAUUUUUUAUGUAAUAAGUAAAAACACAACAAACACCAAAACAACACUCAUACAAAAUACACAAUUUCAAAAAGCCACAACAAUAAAAAGCACAAAAAACUUGUAUACUCUGUGCAACAUGUUGCCGGGGUAUAAUAAAAAUGAUAUUGAUGUAAAAGUAACCAAAAAAAAUGUAACGUUAUGGAAUGAAAAAAGAAAAGUGAAACGCUAAUUGUAUUUUAUACAAGAAAUAAUCUUAAGUUUAUACUUAAGCUAUUUUAUAUGUAAAAAAUAAAUGGUUGAAAACGUAACUCACAACACACAUUUGUAAUGAUGCCAACAUCGAUAAGUCAGGGAUAGUGGUCGCCUGGAGUGUUUGAAAUAAAGUGAUGAGAAAACGUUGCGGCAGCACUGAUCAAGAACAACAAACGCCAAAACGAAACUCAUGAAAAAUGGA